AUGGAAGGACAAAACUCAGUUUCUCUUCCUGAUUUGGUAUCCGAGGGCCAAUGCAAUGCGCCUGUGGUAAUACAUUCGCUGCCAGUGAAGACAAAUUUCCGUGGGACAACAGAUGUCACUGUAAACUUUACGCAACAUACGGUACGUGGAGAAGGAGGCGAGCUCCGCAAUGCAUUACGCGGGCGUACGCUUAUGGGACGUGAAGUAAUAUUGCCAUCUUCAUAUGUUAUUGCCUGCGCAAGUUUCACCAAUAAACCUCCAAUUGCGGAGGCGGGUGGGAGGAAGUCUGGUGGAGCUGCUGCCUGUUUUGAUACCACUCAGCCGUCUUCAGCGCAGGUGGAAGCGGCAGCGGGGGACAUGCGCAUCACAGCCGUGGCUGAGAGUUUUUGCAUAUGGGAGCAUGACAAGAAACCUGAGAGAUCAGAGAUGGUAACUCAGUGGCUGCGCUUGUCAAAUGAUCUGCACUGUUAUGAGUAG